UGCUUUAUAAUGAGGUCAUAGUACACAGAUAAAAUACACCAUUGCUGCCUCUUACUGCUUGACAAUCCACCCAAAUUGAGACUGGCCAGAGUUUACCUAAAUAACCAACUGAAUAAUGGAUUAUGAAGACAUAACAUCAUAUUCUAUUUCACCAGGUUAUUUCCGUUUUGAUGACUUACCAAAUGUGAAGGCUGCUCAUCCUAUAGGCACCAAAGAACCUUCUUACCAUCAGAAAUGCAGACUCAUGUAUACAUAUGGCUUCUUCUUGCACAAUAGAGCUUUAACCUGCAUUUGUGGAUGACAUGGCAAACUGUGUUCACAGACAAUGAUUUCUGAUGCGGUGAUUUCCAUUACAGAAUUAUGUCUGUCACCUGAGGGCCCCAAAGAUCUUGGGCACCCCAUAUUGAUUUUUGCACUUGUUUCUUGUGUACAUAGAUUUCCCCAGAUUCAUGGAAUCUUUUGAUAAUAUAUGAACUGGAGAUUAUGAAAUAUAUGAAAUUCUUAUUAUUAUUCUAAAAUUGUUCUACAAUUUUAGAAUUUUUUUUGCAGAUUGGUAAUUCUCUGCCCAUCUUUAAUUCUGAUAGACUGUGCUUCUCUCUUGUUAAGGGCUUGUUGCCAAUUAACCCAAUUGCUAAAUGUUCAACUUUCUGUUUCUUUUUAGUAACACUUACUUUUCCAGUCUUUUAUUGCCCCUGUCCCAAUUUUUUCUUUAGAUUGUGUUAACACCAUUAAAUUGAAAAUUACCUUAUUUUUUUCCAUAAAAUUGUACAUUUCCUUAGUUUAAACAUUUUAUAUGUUUUCUAUGUUCAAUUGUGAAUAAAAUAUGGUUGGACUUACACUGUUAAUAAGCUAGAGUGAUGUUUUGCAGUAAUAAUGUGUUACCUAUUUAUUUUCAGGAGACUAAUGUUACAACAGACAGCGACUAUAUACCACCAGACAGUGGCAUUUGUGAAAAAAGUUGGGUGAGAGAGUUCCGUGGCUCAUAUGAACCCCCUCUUUACUGGAUCAUCUUUACAGUUGGAGCUAUGGGCAACUUGCUUGUUGUAUGGAUCUACACUACUCUACGCAACCGCCUUAAAACCAUGACAGAUGUCUACUUGUUGAAUCUGGCAAUAGCUGAUCUGCUUUUCCUGGGCACACUUCCAUUCUGGGCCACAGAUGCUGCCCAGGGCUGGGUAUUUAGUGUCAGUGUCUGCAAGGGAAUCCGUGCCGUCUACAAGAUCAAUUUCUUUGCUAGCAUGCUGCUGCUUACUUGCAUUAGUAUAGACCGCUAUAUAGCCAUUGUCCUUGUAACUCAGGCCCACAAUUUUAAAAACAAGAGGAUGUUCUACAGCAAACUGGCCUGCCUGUUUGUGUGGCUGCUCUCUUGUUUUUUGUCUCUCCCAGAGUUUAUUUUUGCUAAAGUGAAGACAAACCAACAGGAAGAAUCAUUUUGCAGUUUAGUUUAUACCUCUGAGGACAAAAACCUUACCAAAGUCCUGGUGUUGUCUCUGCAGAUCUCAGUAGGAUUCUGCCUACCUCUACUGGUCAUAGGGGCAUGCUAUUCUGUGAUUAUUCGUACCCUGAUACAGGCUCGCAGCUUUGAGAAGCACAAAGCGCUAAGAGUCAUCUUUGCUCUGGUAGCAGCAUUUGUUCUCUCUCAGUUGCCGUACAAUGUGCAUUUGGUUAUAGAGGCAACACAAGCUUUUAAAGUGACCAUUACAGACUGUAAUGUUGUAAAGACCUUUGAUGUGGCUGGGCAAGUUGUGAAGAGUCUGGCUUACACACAUUGUUGCCUUAACCCCAUCCUGUAUGCUUUCAUUGGGGUACGCUUUCGGAAGGAUCUGCUCCACCUUUGCCAAUGCAUGACCUCAGGACUUGGUGGCAUCAAUAAAGUGUCAGUUUCCAAGAGACAAUCUGUCAUGUCUGACACAGACACCACACCAGCACUAUCUUUGUAGCCUGUUGUUAACUAUGUGCCUUUUCCAGUUACAUUCCCUAAAAGCUUCUAUCAGUUGAGAAUUGUUAUUCAAAUCUAUUUUUUAUAUCUUUAUUCAGAAGUCAAUGGACUCUAAAUAGCUAUUUUAAGGAACCAUUUGGACAGUGAAUGCAAGCAAAUAAGACAAUCAAAAUGCAAUCAUUACAUUUACAGGGAUUGAUGGAAAGCCUAUUUAACCUUAACUAUUUUCAGUGCUUAAAUAAUAAUAAUAAUAAUAAUAAUAAUAAUAAUAAUAAUAAUAAUAAUAAUAAUAAUAAUGUUUAUUAAUACUUAACACACUAAUGUGUAGUUAUAUGGAUUUAUAGCUAUAUUUAGUGAUAAAUGUGUUUUCUUACAAUAAAAAUUAUUGUGAAAGCUUUGUUUUUUUGUAUUAACUAUUCACUGAAGUUCAAUAAAAAUCUGUAUAUUUUUAUAAAUACACAUGUACAGGUAAAACUCCUUUAUUUUUAGUUUGAUGAUUAUAAUGUAAUGCACCUUUCA